AGGCUUUACACGUUUUCCGCGCAAAACCAUGGCUGCUACUGGAGAGAAGACUCAUAUGUCUAUCGUGAUCUGCGGUCACGUCGAUUCCGGCAAGUCGACUACCACCGGUCGUUUGUUGUUCGAGCUCGGCGGUGUCUCCGAGAGAGAGAUGGAGAAGCUCAAGGCUGAGGCCGACCGUCUUGGCAAGUCCUCCUUCGCCUUCGCCUUCUAUAUGGAUCGUCAGAAGGAGGAGCGUGAGCGUGGUGUCACCAUCGCUUGCACUACCAAGGAGUUCUUCACUGAGACUUGGCACUACACUGUCAUUGAUGCUCCCGGCCAUAGGGAUUUCAUCAAGAACAUGAUCACCGGUGCCUCUCAGGCUGAUGUCGCCCUCCUCAUGGUUCCCGCUGAUGGUAACUUCGGUACCGCCAUUGCCCGUGGUAACCACAAGGCUGGUGAGAUCCAGGGUCAGACCCGUCAGCAUGCCCGUCUUAUCAACCUGUUGGGCGUCAAGCAGUUGAUUGUCGGUGUCAACAAGAUGGAUUCCGAUGUUGCCGGCUACAAGGAAGCUCGUUACACCGAGAUCCGUGAUGAGAUGAAGAACAUGCUCGGUCGUGUGGGCUGGAAGAAGGACUUCGUUGAGAAGUGCGUCCCCAUUCUCCCCAUCUCUGGCUGGUGCGGUGAUAACCUUAUCAAGAAGUCUGACAAGAUGGCCUGGUGGAAGGGUAUGGAUGUCCAGCGUACUGUCAAGGACACCGAGAAGUUCCACGUCGAUACCUUGUACGAUGCUCUUGAGAAGUUCGCCACUGUCCCCGCGCGUGUCGUCGAUGCCCCCAUGCGUGUUCCCCUUUCCGGUAUCUACAAGAUCAAGGGUGUCGGUGAUGUUCUCACUGGCCGUGUUGAGCAGGGUGUUGUCAAGCCCAACGAGGAUGUCAUCUUCAUGCCCACUCAUACCCCCGCUACUCCCUGCAGCGGCAAGGUCUUCACCAUUGAGAUGCAUCACAAGCGUGAGGAGCAGGCUCUUCCCGGUGAUAACGUCGGUCUCAACGUUAAGGGUCUCAACAAGGAUAACAUGCCCCGCGUUGGUGAUUGCAUGAUCUCCAAGGCUGAUAAGACUCUUCAGCACGUCGGUAACUUCACCGCCCAGGUCCAGAUCUUGGAUGUCCCCGGUGAGAUCAAGGUCGGUUACUCUCCCAUCGCCUUCGUCCGUACUGGUCGUUCCGCUUGCAAGCUUACCAAGAUCAACUGGAAGGUCGGUAAGGAGACCGGUGGUAAGAAGAUGGAGGAUCCCCACUCCUUGAAGUCUAACGAGAUGGCUGAGGUUGUCUUCGAGCCUCUUCAGCACCUUGUUGUCGACUCCUUCAAGCACUGCGAGGGCCUCUCUCGUGUUGCUCUUAUGGAGGGUAACGGUGUUGUCAUGCUCGGUAAGUGUGUCGCCACCAGCGCCAAGGAUGUCAAGUAAGGACUCAACGUGAAUCAGUUGAUUACCAGUAAAUAGUUCACCAUUGUCUAGCAGCUAUGAGAAAGAUUCUUGUGGUUACGUAGCUGACGAAUACGUCUUGCCUAUUAUAAACCUGGGAUUCUUUCAACGGAAGACCGCC